AUCAAGCAAACUUGUCAACACACCUUCAGUUAAGCAAAGUGUAAAGAAGUAAAGGGGUGCUAGAGAAUGCUACUUGUUCUCUUGCUUUACCUUUGUCCAUGUCCUCACUCCUCAAGUUGUCUGCCGCUAUGCUCCUCUUUUAUCUUUUACCCCUUUUUUGAUUUUUGAUUAAAUAAAUGAAACGAUUGUCGAUCCUAGCUCUUGUAGGACUAUAUUGAAAAUCAUCUAUCACUAGCAUUAAAGAUCUUUUUUCUCCAAUUUGACCCUUCUCAUGGACGUCGUCACUUCACUAAGCUCGCCUAUAAAAGCGUGUGUUGUUUUGUCAUUGUCAUCACAAACUCACGCCUAACGACACGAUUCAGCUACUGCGAGCUAACAGCUCUGUCAAGGACUCACUGACGGCCAUGGCCAGAGCCCUGGUCCUCGUCGCUGUCCUCCUCGCCGCCAGCGCCGCCGGCUCCACGACGGCGACCACGCUGACCAUCCACAACCUCUGCCCCCACCCAGUCUGGCCGCUGGUGACCCCGAACUCAGGCCUCCCCUCCAUCUCCGACAACACGGCGCGCCUCGACCCCAACGCGCUGCUCUCCCUCUCCUUCCCGCCCACCUUCUGGGCCGGGCGCGUGGCCGCGCGCACGGGCUGCGACGCCGCGGCGUCGGGCUGCUGGACGGGCGCCGCGCCGCCCGCCACCGUCGUGCAGGUCACCGUCCACGACGGCGGGGACCUGGACCAGGCCGCGUACAGCGUCAGCCUCGUCGACGGCUUCAACGUGCCCGUGGUCGUCAGCCCGCAGGCGAUCGCCGGCGGCGGGCAGUGCCCCGCGCUGGGUUGCCCCGUCGACCUCAACUGCGACUGCCCUCCUGCGCAGCGCGCCGCCGAGGGCGUGGCCUGCCGCGGCCCGCCGGAGUACUUCAAGAACCGGUGCCCGCUCACCCGGACCACGCCCACCGACGUCGAGCCCGUCCCGCAGAGCUGCCGCGGGCCCGGCGAGCUCAAGGUCGUCUUCUGCCAGGCGACCAUCGUCACAGGCGCCGCCGGAGCCGGCGAAGCCGAGAUGGUCAUCCGCUCCGUCGUCGCCGACAGCUAGACUGAUCGAUCGAGACGUCCAGAGCUCCAUUGGCCUCCUCGCUUCGUUGAAUCCUUGUCAUGAUUUCUUUUUACAUGCUACAUGUGUUUGUGUUUAUUAGUAGGGGUUUGUGUUUAUUAGUAGGGGGGUUUUGCUUUGGCCUCGACGCGUGUACUCUGGUGGUUUUUAGAAAUCAGCACUGAAGCAAAAUAAUAAUGCCCAGUUCUAAACCUCAA